CUCCUCCCUCCUCCUCCUCCUCGCCGGUCCCGUCCAGCAACUGGCUCUCCGGGGUCAACGUGGUGCUGGUGAUGGCCUACGGGAGCCUGGUCUUCGUCCUGCUCUUCAUCUUCGUCAAGAGGCAGAUCAUGCGAUUCGCCAUGAAGUCUCGCCGGGGCCCCCAUGUGCCGGUGGGCCAGCACGCCCCCAAGGGACUCAAGGAGGAGAUUGACAUCCGACUGUCCCGGGUUCAGGACAUCAGAUACGAACCCCGGCUGUUGUUCUACAGUGACACUCGGCUGCUACAACUGGAGUCGCCUAGAAACCCAUUCCCUUACGACUACGUGUAUCGGAUGAAAGCUUUGGAUGCUGUCAGAGAAGCAGAGAUCCCCUACUCCAUGGAAGGCAGGUACCCCAAGUUGCUCAUUGAGAAGAACUUCCAGGCUUACUUGCUUGAUCUCCGCAACUCCAGCAGCCCUUUGAAGGGGCUCCGAAAGACUCUGAUCGAUGCCCUCCUGGACGGCUACGAGGACGCCCGCUACGGGACCGGGACCUUCAGCAGAGCGGAAUUCCUGAAGUUCCAGGAGGCCCUGCGCGAGCUGGCAACGAUCCUCAAGGCCCGGGGCGAGAGCAGCCAGCGGCAGCACCAGUCGGCGGCCAAGGACCUGACCCUCUUGCCGGACCUCUCCAGCCCCACCAUCCAGGUCACCUACCUGCCCUCCAGCCACAAGAGCAAGCGGGCCAUGCACUUCCUGGAGCUGAAGAGUUUCAAGGACAGCUACAACACCCUGGAGAGCACCCUGUGAAGCUCCCACCUGCGCUAGGGGGGG